AGGGGAUUUUUCCGCGUCUGUCACAGCGCCCCCUGCCGGCUGGGCGGACCGACCGCAGGAAAAGCGGGUCCUGAUGCCCCCCCCGAACCCCAGAGACCCCCAAGACUCAGCACACAGAGACCCCACAGGGAGGGGAUCCAGGUGGUCCCCUAAAGCCCAGCAGUGGGGUUCAAGGGGUCUCCCAGCCCUCAGGGGAGGGGUCCUGGCAGUGCCACCAAAAGUCUUGGGAGGACAUGAACCACAUGCAGGUGUCCCUGAGCAAUGGCCCAGAGGUGAGCCCAGAGCUGGCCCUGAGGUGGCCCUGAGAAGAAGUGGAAGGCAGAGGUGGUGCUGAGGCAGGAGAGCCCCGUGCUGGGGAAGAGGCUGAGCUGGGAGUGCCCAGCAGCGAGAAGGUGCUGUGUCCAUGCCCUGUGUGCCAGCAGGAUUUGUCCUUCCCAGAGCUUGGGUGGAUGGAGGAGGAGGAUUUGAGGAAGAGGAAAAGGCUGCGGGCCCCCCAGGCAGGCCCCGAGCUGAGGACGGAGAGCACGGAGGACAAAUCCCCCCGGCAGAGCCUGCUGGGAGAGGCCGUUUUGAAGGGCUCCCCGGCGCAAGAAGGCAGCGGGGAGGAAAAGGCCCGGAGAUGCCCCCGGAGGAGGGGCUGCAAAGCCAGCCCAGGGUGCUCUGAGGAGGAAAGACCCGUCCUGUGCCGGGAAGGCGGCCAGAGCUUGAGCCGGAGCUCGGAGCUGGUGGUCCCUGAGCAGCCUCCCAGCAGGGAGAAGCCCUUCAGGUGCUUGGAAUGUGGGAAGAGCUUCAGGAAGAGCUACAACCUCCUCACCCACCAGCGCAUCCACACUGGGGAACGGCCCCACACGUGUGGGGAGUGUGGGAAGAGCUUCAGGCACAGCUCCACCCUGAUCCAACACCAGCACAUCCACACUGGGGAACGACCCUACAAGUGCUUGGAAUGUGGGAAGAGCUUUAGGCACAACUCCACUCUGAUCCAACACCAGGUCAUCCACACUGGGAACGACCCUACACAUGUGGUGAAUGUGGGAAGAACUUCAGGCGCUGCUCCUACCUGAUCAGCCACCGGCGCAUCCACACUGGAGAACGGCCCUA